AUCCAGGAUCUACUAGAGAAGCAGACACGGCUGCGAGAACGAAAAACGGCGCUGGAAACAUCCAGAGCCGACGCUCGCAAAUCCGCGAGCCCAGGCUUCGAGAACACGGUCAGCCCAAAUGAACUUCACUCCUGCACCGGCACAACCACGGCGAAAGGCGCGAGCCAGGACUGGAGCGAUGACCCAACCGCCGCCACCGGUCUUCGAGAUCCCGACCAGGAACCGCUUUGCCGCCCUCUGCGAGACGGAAUGCAACGCUGUGGUCAUCGGAGACUCAAUCGUCCGGAACGUACGCGCUUCCUCCACUAAAGGUAAGGUGCACACUCAUUGUUUUCCUGGCGCCCGUGUUCUUGAUGUCUCUGCGCAGGUACCUGCGAUCCUGAAGGACGAUGCUAACGUCGGAGCUGUCGUGCUGCACGCGGGGGCGAAUGACGUCAGGAUGAGGCAGUCGGAGAUCCUGAAGAGGGACUUCAGGAGUCUGAUCGAGACGGUACGCAACGCAUCGCCCACAGCGAGGAUCAUCGUAUCAGGGCCGCUUCCUACCUACCGACGAGGGAAUGAAAAGUUCAGUAGACUAUUUGCUCUAAAUAAAUGGUUGAUGUCAUGGUGUAUUGAACAGAAGCUGCUCUUUGUUGAUAAUUUUGAUCUGUUCUGGGAGCGACCUAGGCUCUUCCGCCCUGACGGCCUGCACCCCAGCAGCAUCGGAGCGGUUCUUCUGUCUGACAACAUCUCAAAGACGCUACGCACCGCUUGACUACGUCUCCCAGCG